AUGUCGGGUGGUCCCCUCUGGAAUAGCCGCACUCCUAUGUCCAGGUACUCCAAUACUCAGGGUCUUCGUGACAAAACUCACGAGCAAGAAUCUGCGGUGAAACUCUUGGGUGCGUACGUCAAACGAGCGAAAAUUCGCGCCUACUGGCUACACAAGAAUGUUAGAUGCUUCGAAUUGGCGUUCUCCAAUCCUGCGCAGAAGAAAUGUUCGUUAUCCUACCGCAAGCAUUCGGUUUCCCUAACGGAGCUCGUCUGUAACUCUGGCCUCGCUUGGCUCAUUCAGAAACUGCUGAAACUCGGUUCCCCACGUGACGCCACCGUCUUGAUAGAAUAG